CCUGAGGUGACUGGGCCCAGUGGCCGAGGCCGUGCUCGAGUUUGCUUUUUGUUUGUGUGUCGCGCCUCACCGCACCGCGGAUAUGGCGGCUGGGCCACCCGUCACCAUCAGCAUCGAGGCGGCCUGUGAAAAUCAGGUUCAGGAGGUUGCUCUAGACGGGACCGAGGCCUAUGUUCAGCCGCUCUCUAUGUCCGAGAAUCUGGCCAAAUUGGCGCAAAAAAUCGACUUUAACCGAAGCGACUCGGAGGGAGAGGAGCAGGAUGCCGGGGCCGGGGAGGAGUGGGCUCAGCGGCAGCAGGAUAGCGACGACGAAGACGCAAUACUGAAGUUUCAACCUUCCUUGUGGCCUUGGGAUACUGUUAGGAAUAAUCUAAGAAGCACACUGACAGAGAUGUGUGUACUUUAUGAUGUACUUAAUGUCCUCAAGGAAAAGAAGUACAUGGCCUUGGACCCUGUCUCUCAGGACCCACCCCCUUCGAAACAGGGUUUGCAACUGUGUGGGAAAAAGAAAUCCCUAGCAGGAGCUGCUCAAAUCCUAUUGAAAGGAGCAGAAAGAUUAAAUAAAUCUGUAGCUGAAAAUCAAGAGCAAAAACGUCAAAGAGACUUCAAUUCAGAGCUGCUCAGAGUACGACAGCACUGGAAACUAAGGAAAGUGGGCGACAAGAUCCUUGGGGACUUGAGUUAUCGAAGUGCAGGGUCCCUCUUUCCUCACCAUGGCACAUUUGAAGUAAUAAAGAAUACCGAUCUGGAUCCAGAUAAGAAAAUUCCAGAUGAUUAUUGUCCUCUUGAUAUAUUGAUCCCUAGUGAUCUGGAGGGAUCGGCAUAUAUUAAGGUUUCUAUUCAAAAGCAGGCUCAUGACAUUGGAGAUCUUGGCACAGUCAACCUCUUUAGACGACCUAUACAAAAACCCAAUUCAGGUACAGCACACUGGCAGACAAAGCUAGAAGCUGCACAGAAUGUUCUUUUGUGUAAAGAAAUCUUUGCACAGUUGUCACGUGAAGCAGUACAGAUUAAAUCACAGAUACCUCACAUUGUGGUGAAAAAUCAGAUCAUCUCUCAACCAUUUCCAGGUUUGCAGUUAUCCAUUUCUUUGUGCCACUUUGUGAAUGAUAAAAAAGCACAGAAAAUACCUUCUGAGAAGCAUAGGUCUGACGACCAUCUGUAUGUGCUGGAACACAAUCUUCACCAAUUAAUUAGAGAGUUCCAUAAACAAACUUUGAAUUCUUCAGUGAUGCCUCACCCAGCAACUGCGCCUUUUGGGCUGAAAAGAAUGAGAUUAGCAGGACCUCAGGCAUACGACAAAGGAGAGAUCAAUGCUUUGCAGCAGAACGAAGGGUUACUGGAGAAGAUAAUCAAACAGGCUAAGCAUAUCUUUUUGAGACGUAGAACUGCCUGGACAAUUGACAGCUUGGCCAGUCGUAUUGAGGACCCACAGAUACAAGCUCAUUGGUCAAACAUUAAUGAUGUAUAUGAAUCUAGUGUCAAAGUCUUAAUAACCUCUCAAGGCUAUGAGCAGAUUUGCAAAUCAAUUCAGCUACAGUUGAACAUUGGUGUUGAACAGAUUAAGGUGGUGCACAGAGAUGGGCGAGUAAUUACACUUUCCCACCAGGAACAAGAAUUGCAAGACUUCCUGCUAUCUCAGAUGUCGCAGCAUCAGGUACAUGCAGUUCAGCAGUUGGCCAAAGUAAUGGGUUGGCAUCUAUUGAGUUUCAGCAACCAUGUGGGCCUGGGUCGAGUAGAGAGUAUUGGAAAUGCUUCAGCAGUAACUGUGGCUUCACCCAAUGGCGAGUAUUCAAUAUCAGUACGAAAUGGACCUGAAAGUGGCUGUAAGGUGGUGGUCCAGUUUCCAAGAAGUCAAUGCAAAGACCUUCCCAAGAGUGAUGUGCUACAAGACAAUAAAUGGAAUCAUCUUCGAGGACCAUAUAAGGAAGUAUUGUGGAAUAAAAUGGAAGGGCGCAAUUUUGUGUAUAAAAUGGAACUCUUAAUGGCAGCUCUUGCUCCAUGCCCAUAAUUGGCUUUUGUAUGAUUUCGUACCCUUCUGCAUAUAUUUAGAACUUUCUCCAGACAAUCUCGCUGAAUAAUGAGUGAUUAGAUAUAAAUUGAAACUUAGACAUUUGGUACAGUAAACAAAAUAUUGUUUUUAUCAAGAAAUGUUAGUGAAUUAUUUGACAGCUUUCUAACAUUGUCCAUAUUGGUAAUUAAGUGUUGACUUGCUGUGACGUUACAUAUAAUUUUUCACUCUUGUAUAAAAGUUUCUUAUCAUCUGUAAAUAAAAUGUCUCCAUUAUAA